UGCAACUUUUCCGCAUUGGGCUCCUUCACGCUUCCUCAUUGACAGCGCCUAAAGGAAGAAAGCAGCGAUACACUGUUUCAUUUACACUCUUAACAGUUUUAUACCGUUUCUGCGCGUUGUUAACGUCUUAAACAACUCGGAAGUCUUCUUUAAAAGUCUUGGAAAGUUGAGAAAUGUCAAAGCCUCCCCCCAAACCAGCUAAACCAGGCCAGGUCAAGGUUUACAGGGCUUUAUUCACCUUUGACCCAAGGACGCCAGAUGAACUGUACUUUGAGGAAGGAGAUAUCCUGUACAUCUCUGAUACGACUGACAGUAACUGGUGGAAGGGAACAUGCAGGGGAAGGACUGGACUUAUUCCCAGCAAUUACGUGGCUGAGCAAGCAGAGUCCAUAGACAACCCCAUGCAUGAGGCAGCCAAGAGAGGUAAUCUGAGCUGGCUCAGAGAGUGUUUGGAUAAUAAGGUUGGCAUCAACGGACUGGACAAAGCAGGGAACACCGCUCUGUACUGGGCCUGUCACGGAGGACAUAAAGAUGUGGUGGAGAUUUUGCUGAGCCAGCCGAACUGUGAGCUCAAUCAGCAGAAUAAAUUGGGAGACACGGCUCUACAUGCAGCUGCCUGGAAGGGUUAUUCAGAUAUACUUGAGAUGUUGCUCAAUAAAAAUGCCAGGACAGACGUGGUCAACAAUGAGAAGAAGACCGCUCUGGAUAUGGCCACCAACGCACAAUGUGCCUCUCUGCUGAAGAGGAAACUGGGAGGAGUAAUCCUGCGCACCCACAGUAACGCCGAGGAGUAUCUCGAUGAUGAAGACUCCGACUGAGAGAAGAGCAGCACUAAUGAAGUCCAUUCAUUCCUACAUUCAUUCCAACCUAAACCAUCACAACAUGUAUAUAGAUCAGAUAUAUGAGCGAGAAACGUUAUUUACAAGGGUGGGGAGGAUAUGAAAGCUGGUUGUCGUCUAAUUGUCUCAUCUUUCUUUUUCAUUCCAGUUCAUUGUAAAAGUAUUGCAGUACUUGUCUGUUCUUUACGUGUUUAGGAUGGACACAGUGAACAUUCGUUCUUCUAUUUGCUGCUCCUUUCUUGACUAUUUAUUCCAUAGAACUCUCUUUUGAUUUUUAAAUCGCUUUUUUAAAUAGGGAGAUCACCCAGAAUGCCUCGCAGCAAUGGGUCUUUUUAUUCCAAAAGUUUUAUGCGCGUAAAUGUGAUAAAUGUGUGUGUGAGCUUUUACCUAUUUGUGUGUGUGUGUGUGUGUGUGUGUGAGAUGUGCUUGAUGAUAGCUUCUGAGAUGCAUGUAAAUCUGAAUGUUACAACUAUGCAAAUAAAUCAGUGGCCUUUGCUUGAAAUGCAAGACUGGAAGCUUGAAUAUAAUUGCAUUUGUAAGUCAUUAGUCUUAGUCAUUGUGAGCAUUAAUUUAGUCCUAUUUUUGUAAGGUAAAAAGGGUAAUUGACUUAAGCACAUUAACAUUUUUCUGAGAUUUCAGAUUACGAUUUAUAUAUGUAUUUGUAUAAAUCUGUAUUUUACCAAUUUACAUUGUUUUAAAUCUGAUUCAGUGCUAGAAACAUGCUAUGGAAGAUUAUAUUUGAACUUUUCUCUCUCCAAAUUGCAUGAGAAUGCUGAGUAAGUUGAUUAAAAAAAAAUACAUAUUCAUACUGAAAUCAAAAAUAUUAUUUUAUUUUUAACAUGUUUUAACGAUCUCCCCCGAAUUAAAAGUCAACUAACCACCA